AUGACAUCGUCAGAUAAAUGUUUUAUUCAUGAUGCAACUACAGGCCAAGACCUGCUUGACGUUGUCCUGCAGCAUCUCAACCUGCUCGAGACGGCCUACUUUGGCCUACGUUUUUUGGAUCCUGAAAAUCACACCCACUGGCUGGACCCUACGAAGCGGCUCAUGAAGCAACUUAAAGGCACGUCGCCGUUCACGCUGUACUUCAGCGUCAAAUUCUACGCUGCAGAUCCAACAAAAUUGGUGGAAGAAAUUACGAGGUACCAGUUUUUUCUUCAAGUGAAGCAGGACAUUCUGCAGGGGCGCCUUCCCGUCUCCCUAGAGCUCGCUGCCGAGCUCGGAUCCUAUGCUGUUCAAUCUGAGCUCGGGGACUACGACCCCCGAAGACACUCUCCGGGCUACGUCUCAGAGUUCCGCUUCAUCGCUGGACAGACCGUGGCGCUCGAGUCGAAGAUUGCCGAACUUCAUAAAAAAUUAGUAGGGCAAGUGCCGGCCAAAGCAGAACUCAACUACCUGGAGAAGGUCAAGUGGCUGGAGAUGUAUGGCGUCGACUUGCAUCCCGUGCUAGGUGAAGACAACAUUGAAUAUUUUCUUGGACUCACCCCGUCUGGAGCAAUCGUCCUCAGGAAUAAAACUAAAGUUGGCAAUUACUUUUGGCCUCGCAUCUCGAAAGUUUACUUCAGAGGCCGAUUCUUCAUGCUCAGAGUUCGCGAUAAAAAUAACUCGGAGAACACGUACGGCUUUGAGACGCCAUCGCGUGCUGCGUGUAAGCACCUCUGGCAGUGCUGCGUGGAGCAUCAUGCUUUCUUCCGCCUCACGCAGAGCGCUGGCUCGGGACCUCAAGCCGUCUUCUCGCUGGGAUCAAAAUUUAGAUACAGCGGCAGGACCGAGAAGGAAGUGAUGCAGGAAGCUCGUAGCUCCUGCAGACAGCAGCCUGAGGUGUCCAGAACUCCUUCACGCCGCUACCAGAGGCGUGUCGUGGAGGGCGCUGUGGACACUCCCCGUAUUGAAGAUGCUGACCCUAAAAUUGAACCCCGACUACCGACGACUUCGUCUUCACAUGUCGCACCAUCUACGACUUCAAACGUGUACCGAAGCUCAUCGAUGACUCUCAAUGGCCGAGGACCUUCAUCUCCUCGAAGCAUCAGAUCUGCUCCUCAGCAAGCCUCUUCUUCCUCUUCAGUCCCUCCCAUAAAUCGAGCAAAACUGGAUGAGAACAAACCUGUAAACAGGACAGAGUCGCGCUCAGAGUCCCGAGGUCCCGGUAACCGAACCGAGAGUCCGAGGAGCGUCCGAUCAGCCGCUGCCGCAGUCACGGCCGAGUCUCGCAUGAGCCGUCGCACGUCCAGCGUUGACUCGCAAUCUUCCAUUGACUCCAGAGGACACAGAAGUUCGAGGUCCCGCUCACCGAGUGAGGCAAAGAACAGCAGAUAUCCAACAGAGAUACGUCAGCACAUCGACUACGGUUUAAAAGAUACCAGUGGGCUUACUGAAGCAGAGCUGAGAGAUAUUCCUUACACUAGGGUCGAGACUGCUACGAAUAUCAAAACUAAAUUUGCUUCGACCGGAAAUGGCAAGAAGAACAAAAGUCCCAGACGAUCUAAAAGCAAUUCGAGCGAUCGAAAACUGGCGCCUCCGGACGGAGAAUCGCCGCCGCCAUCUUUUCAGGAUUCAACUAAAAAGCCCCAUCACCACAACAGCACCAGCCGCAGAAAAAACAAAAGCGCAUCAGAAGAGCGCAAAGUGGAAGGGCAGUCGCGUGGUGACCCGCCAGAAGACAUGCGCCCAGUCACGCUCGCCCACGGAGCUUAUCCUCGUGUGGCUCCGAGUGGUGAAUCUUCUACUCCACCUCCUCCCCCGGUUUCCGUGCCACCACUCGUACAGUACGAACCCCAAAAGCCUGCCUCUCUUCCCUACGAUGGUCGGUCAGCACUCAACUUCCCAGGGUACAUCCACAACCCCCAUGGGCUGAGUCGAGUGGAUGGCAACUCGCAUCACAUGACAAAUUUCAACCACCACAAGCCGGUGGUUAACAGCAGCCCAAGUGUGAAGCAUAUCGUCACGAGCAACGGAUUCCUGAACGAUAAUACGAGCUACACAACAUACCACGGACCUGACUCUAGCAGCAGCAACAGCUUCAGCAGCGAUAUAAACUGUUCCCCGUCUCCCCCUUCUCAUCCCAGCAUAUCAAAUCCUCGUCGUCCCUGCAACCCUGAUAAUAUUAACGGAGACAAGCAGUAUGUUGGAAAUGGCUAUGGCAAUAGCAACCCAAAUGAUUCUCAAAGCCGGACUAAUUUUAUACCUUCAAGUGCGCCUUACCUCAAACCAUCGACGCUAGAGCGCGGCACUCGGGGUAGCUCAAUAAACAAACCGCAACCGAGUCCCCAAUCUUCAGUGACUUCAGGCAUAAGCAUUGGAGGCUCCAGCGUGAGUACCUCAGCCGAGUCUCCUCUCAUUGCGGCCUCCCCUAAACCCAACCUCAUUCAAACCUCCGACUUGAGUACUUCAUCUCCCUCAUCCUCUUCUCCGCCUCCAAAUGACCGUGACAACGACCACGUUUUCUAUAAUCCUUGCAACAGCGUUCGUGCUGAAGCAUUUUUCAAUACUCACACUUCUUCGGAUCUUUGUAAUUCAUCUAAUCCUUCUGGAUGUGAUUCGACACUCGAUGAAAGUCACGACACUGGUCAAGACAUUAGCAAUCAAUACAUAAAUUCAGAGCACAACAAUUACAAGCUCAAUAAUCUACACUCGAAGACUCCGAACUUUUACUCAAAUGUCGACCACUACACACAACAUUCUACCAACAUCCUCAUACGUUAUCACGACUCAGAGCGGGCAGCUAGCAACUCUUGUUCUCCAGCGCCAGUUCCCUUACCAAGAAGUUCGGUUAUUUCAUCUGUACUAAAUAAUGAUUCAACCACUCACAUCGUUCAAUCGUACGGUCCUGCUUAUGCUAACACCCAUUUCACCAGUAAUAUCAAUCGUGAAAACGCAUUAAGAUCAACCGCAUCUCCAAAUCUCGCCUCAUCUAAUCACAAUACCAUUGGUCUUCCUGCUUUGGAUUCCAAUCGUAACAUUUCUAAUGGUUUCCCUCAUAAUAAUGCUGUAAAAGCUUAUUCUGGUUCAGUUGGUCCUGCUUGCACUAGUCUGGCUGAUUCUACCUCAAAGCUUUCAAUUUCUUGUGACGCAUCCGCCUACAAAGACGCUCGCACUUUUUCUUCAGAAAACAAUAAACGAUUUACACAGGACUCGACUCUCAGUACAUGGACACAAGGACAAACCCCUCUAAACACUCUUAACUUAGGCGACUAUCAUCAGCUUGGGCGAUCUAACUUUGCUCACGCUCUAUCUUCGAAUAAUGAUUGGCGGUCGCCAGUUAACUGUGGACCGCAGAUGCAUAGGGAGACUAACAAGGAGCCAAGUCAUAACAGCAGAGUGUGGAAUAACUCAGUAGGCCGUGGAGCUUCUGGGCGUUCUACGUUAAGUCGCCAAACAUCAACAACGAUAAUGGAGGAAGACGAGCCAUCGCCGUAUUCUUUGGAUUCAGGGCACAACAAUUCCUCAUUCGCUUCCCACGAUAGCGGCAAGUCAGACCAUCUUGGCAGUGACGGCAGCAGCCAGCAGCUUUCAUCAGACAGCUUACUGAGCUCGCUUACGUCGAGCAUCACUACGGGCUCGAGGUCUGAUGUAAAUAACAAACCUAUGUUGCCACCUAGGAAACCGAACCUGAGAACGCGACCACAUAGCGUACACGGAGGCAUCCCCAAUGAUUACUACGCACAGGGUUCAAUUUUAACGCAGAUAACUGACAAGGAUGGAUAUCGAGCAACUCGAGUGCCGAUUAGUGAAAACCCGUUACACGACGUUAGAAAAACAACCCGUGGAAGUACCACAAAUAUAUCUGAUAAUUCAUUUACUAAUCAUCCUCUUAACGUGCAUGAGACAAUUGUUGAAUAUCCCACCAUGAAUGGGAGUUUCAAUAGUAAUGGAAGGCCGAUUAGUAACUACGGCGGAAAUGCGAGUAACAACAAUGAAAAUGGUAGCAUUAUUCGCUCGCACUCUUUGCAGCGUUCAAACUCGACCUCUCGCUAUAGCUACCCUAAUACCAAUAAUGGGAUGCUCGUGAAUAACAUUGUAAAUAAGAACGGCCAUGUCGGAAAUAUGGUAGCUAAAUUGAGCGGGAGUUUCUCUCCUGUAUCAACAACAAAUAAUAAAUCCUCACUAACAUCGCCGAACGGUAAUACUUCUUACGUCAACGGACGCCAAUCAGCAGAAACGUUGACAUCGUUCCAAGGUAAAAAUAUAAUCCAAUUGGCAGGAAGAGAAGAAGUUAGCACUGAACUGUGAUGGCGAUGGGAAAUGUUGCGUCGUCGCCCCCAAAUAUUUACUGGACAGAUUUGAUUCAUGAAGUGAACCAAAUAAUUUCAUGUAGCGAAUUGUUUGACAUAGAAAAUUCAUCCCUCGAAAUUGAUACUUGACUUUAGUGAACUUCGUCUCAAAAUACAGCAUUUUUAUUAAUUAAAUUGUUAACUCCGGCAUUCGUAGCUCAUGUUUGGAACGAAUUGUAGUAAAAGUUCCUUCCGUGGGACUGUGCCGAGCCUUUGAUCUCACUUAUUCGUAGCUUUCUUAACGUAAUAUUAACGACAUUUUUGCAUGUUUAUACUAAAGAAACAGUAAUGCAGCUCUUAUUUUACGACUGGCUUUGAGAUCUAGAGAUAAUUAAAAAUUGCAAUGAAUUUGACAUAAUCUCGUUUGAACAAAUUAUGUUUGUCACGCACUUGCUUCAACCUUGCACAGUAUUGGUUCAACGCGUGAAAUAGUAGAUUAUGAAGGAUUUUUUACUUUUUUUUAAAUAUCAGCAAUGAGGAACGUCAUUCAACACGAUGAAGAAGUUAGAAAAAUUGCAUCUAUUCCAUUCUAAUGGUAAGCUGUUAGACAAUAUAUAAUACAACUUCAGCUAACACUGACCAAUCGGUUAGGUAACUGAAACUAUAUAACUGAAACAAUAGUUUCCCAAAUAUUUGUAGCGCUGAUGUUAAAAAUGCAUGCUACCUAAACUUUGCAUAUGAUUGGAUUUUUUUGUAAAAUUUAAGACGAAUGCAAUGAUUUGAAUAAAGUUUUCUUAAUUGUAAGUAAAUUGACUCGUACUGGAAACCUGCAAGGCGAUGUUAACAAUAUGCAAAAUAUUACGGCAUUGAUUGUGGUAUGAAAUGUUUAUAAUAAUCAACGUUAUCAAAUCAAUACUUGCGUAUGAAUGAAUUAGACUUCUUGAUCUCGCACACCUUCUACCAGGAAGCUGUGUUGAAUGAUCAAACAUUCAUAUUACAACCCUGUGCAUUAUUAGGAAACUUCACAAAUUGUCGAGUAUCGUAUGUAUUAUUUAAGAGUGAAUGAACUCGGAAGGUGUUAAUGUACAUAAUUGUACACCCUCCGUAUAAUUAUGUAAAGCUUGCGUCGUAGGCAUACAUGCUGUCAUGUACAGAGUAAACGCUGUCGAAUUUUGACGUUAAUCGUGUAAAUAAACUUAUUCUACUC